AUGUUCCACUAUAUGGUGCAGAGCACCAAGGAUCGAUACUGCCUGUUUGCGGAUGCUUCCAUCAAAGGUGUGCAGGUCAGUUCCUCGGAGGAAGAGAAUGCUCCACUAUUUCAGUAUGGGGACUGGUUCGACAAGUACCCGUAUGGCCUCUCACGACGUCAUUACACGGAUCCGCCAUCUCGGCCUCUUGAUGCGGUGAUGGCGCAACACUAUGGCCUUCAAAGCGCGGAAGACUUCUUUGCAAGUCUUUCACCGCCGUCACAUUCUGAUAACCCUCGCAAGGACCCAAGGAGACGGACAGGCUCAAGUACUGAGCCACGGCAACCAGCUUUAAACUCUAUAAACUCUAAUAAUCAAUAUACGUCACCUCAACAGCAACCACAAUCUUCAUCACAACCGCCAUCACAACCGCCUCCACAGUCACCUCCACAACAGCAACCACAGCCUCAACGCCAAUUGCAGCAGGUACUACAACAUGCUAUCGUGGAUGUGCCCAUAAACCCGACACGUCCCCCAGACUUCAACCUUAAUACCCAUGCCAUGCUUCCUCCAGCCCAAGCUCCCAAUUUCUCUCAGUCAGCCUACUUCCCCAUGAACCCUGACCAAUUACCGCAACUCGAUCGCCAAUUUGUGUACGAUGCACAUACGGGCCAUGAUCCAACUUCAACCACGUCGACAUCCCCCCAAAUGCCCAAUCCAAUACCCGUAAACCCUCCAGCAAGAAUGAGCCCAACCCAAACUGUGUCGACGCAACAAGAACCAAAUAUCUCCUCCACAGUAUGGAACUCUCAAUUUGACAUGUUGGGCGCGCCUGCCACCUGGUCAGGUGAAUUCGCACAGCCCGGUGCCUGGUUUUUGCCCUUCAAUCUGAACCCAGUUGGCCGAGGUCUAGUAGACAUGAAUGCCAAUCCAGCUACAAAUGUGGAUACAACUGGGCCACGGGCACUUGGAAUACAAGCGUUGGCUAAUAAUCCAGUUCCAUACCCAUUGUCCAAUGUGAUGAUGGGUGCAUAUGGCCUUGGCGUCUGA